AUGAACAGUAUUGACAAUUAUUUUGGAGAGUUUCUGGACAGUGAAGAUAAUGAACAAGAACAGAAUAGUAAACCUCUACAAGACAUGCGUUCUGGUGUAAUAUUUUUGAUUGAUUGUACGCCGACAAUGCUUGGAUUACAUGGUUCAUUCGAUUUAAAUAGUAGUGAUACAGUGGAUUCAUCAUCAGUAAAAAGUGGAUUUGAUUUAAGUCUGUUAUGUUGUCAAACAUUUCAACAGAAUAAAGCACUUCAUAGUCCUUUUGAUAUGAUCGGGCUUGUUUUAAUGCGUACAAAUGAGUCAUCUGUUGACAUGAAGAAUAUUAUGGUUUUACAGCCUUUAGGUUUGGCUGAUUCUACACGUAUAUUAGAAAUUGAAAAGUUGAGACAAUUAAAACCCGAUGAAUUGGAGAAACGAUAUGGUACUAUUGUAAAUCAACCUAAUAUUACUUUUCCUCUACACGAAGCAUUGUGGGUUUGUCAAAAUCAAUUUAUCACCUGUUCAAAGACAUUUGGUAUCAAACACAUCUUUUUGUUAACUGACGAUCCUGAUCCAGUAAAUAAAAAUGCAAAUUUGAAACGUAGAGCAAUUGCUAAGAUGGCCGAUAUGAAACAAUAUGGAAUUGAACUUGAAGUUAUUCCGAUUAAACAACAAAAUACAAAAUUUGAUUAUGAAUUAUUUUAUGAUGAGUUACUAGAAGAUGAAUUAAUGUAUCCUGAUCUAGACAAAUCUUCUUAUCAUCCUGAUCCAACUGAACGUCUUGAUGAAUUAUUAAGCCGUAUGAACUCACAUGAAUUACGUCGAUCACGCUUAGCUCGUUUACCUUUUCAUCUUGGAUCAUCGAAAAAUCUCACUUUAGGUGUUUCAGUAUAUUGUUUAGUUUAUCCAACACGUAUCCCCUCUCCAAUAUGGCUUUCAUCUUCAGAUAAUAAAACUGUACGUGUUCAUAGAGAUUAUUAUAAAAUUAUAGAUCCAUAUGGAUCUUUUGAUCCAGUUAAAGAUUUAUUACCAUCCCAUGAUUUAGUACGUGGCAUAAAACUUGAUGGUCGUUAUAUAUGCUUUGAUAAAGAUGAAUUAACUGAAGCUGUGCGUAAUAUUGCUCCUGUCGGUUUACACCUAUUAGGUUUUAUAUCACAGAAAUUUUUAAAACGAUAUUAUUACAUUCGUCCAGCACAUUUUAUUUAUCCUGAUGAAAAAUCAAUUCAUGGGAGUCGUUUAUGGUUUACCGCUUUAUUAAAUCGAUGUUUACAUCGAAAAUUAUUAGCCAUAGCUAUAUAUGUUCAACGUAAAGGUCAAUUUCCUCGUCUUGUUGCACUACUUCCUCAGGCCGAACAGAUAAACGAUGAUGAUGAUGAUGACGGUGACGGUGCUAAUAGAACUCAAACAAUACCACCCGGAUUUCAUAUUAUAUUUUUACCUUACGCUGAUGAUUUUCGUGAUAUUGAAAUUCCAACGAAUGAAAUAGCUAACGAAUCUCAAGUGGAUAUUGCUAAGGCCAUGGUACGCAAACUUAUGGUACCAUUUACUCCUGGACAAAUUGAAAAUCCAACAUUACAACGGUUUUAUUCACUUCUUGAAGCAUUAGCUCUUAAUCGUGAAACUCAAUCGGAAGUUGUUGAUCAUACAUUACCUAAAUUUGGAGCUAUCAAAAGAAGAGCCAGUGAAGAAAUUGCAGCAUUCAAAGAAUGUUUCAAUUUAAAUAACGAGAAUAUAUUCAAAAAACCUCGUCUUACACAAUCCACUUGUAAUCAAGAAGCAAAAUGUUGUUUAUCUGAGAUAGAAUGUAAAGAAGCUGUUCAAUCAGAUAGUCUACACAAAUAUACAAUACCUGUAUUACGUGAAACAAUCAAAUCACUUGGUCUCAAAAUAUCAGCCAGUAAAAAAUCAGAUAUUAUUCAAAAAAUCAUGAACCAUUUUUCAAAAAACUAA